AGGAACAGGACCAGGCAAUUGCUCUGUGUUGAGGAACAAUGAAAGUUUGUCAGAGCCUCCUGCUGUUCUGCCUGCUCCAUUAUACUCUAGCUUUGGAGUGUGAAGUGGUUCCUGGUAACCUGAAGCAGAUUGAUGCUGGUGUCGGGGUAGUAGGUGGGGUGAACGAUGACAAUGAAGUCUUCCUGUUGCUGGGGAAGGAAUUUAGAAAGAUAAAUGUAACCAUGAAGCACUUUACUGUCGGACCUGCUGGAGAACUAGCGGUGAAUUUAUCAAACAGCGUCUUUAAGUUUCAGAGUGGUCAGUUCAGCUCGAUUCCAAUUACUUUUAAACAGGUGGAUGCCGGAGGUGACCAGAUUAUUGCAGGUGUAACUCCACUAGAUGAUAUCUUCUGUUUAAAUAAGGAUGCUAACAACAUUGGGCCAUCCAGCAGUUUUACUUGGGUACAACUUGCAGGAAAGCUGAAGUACUACAGCUGUGGCCCGUACAGCUGCUGGGGGGUGAACGCUGCAGGGAAUAUCCUCAUCAGAAGGUCUGUAUGGGGUGCUUCCUGUGGAGGGUCGAGCUCUUUCGAUGUCAUUACUGGAAGUAUGUCUAUGGUUGAAGUAGCGACUGAUGGCAGCGUCUUUGCUGUUGACACUCAGGGGUCUUUGUUUCAGAGAAUUGGUGUCGCUGCAUCGAAUCCCAUUGGCACAGGUUGGUUAGGUUAUCUUGUGUGUCCAGAUGGCCACAAGCACGUGACUUAUGAUCUGGGAAGGCUGUAUGUCAUCUGUAGUGAUGGAUCCAUCAGGAGAUGCAUUUAAAUGUCCAACAGAGGAGCUCAACUAUAAUUAUAAACAGAAAAUUUACAUUGAAACUUGUUUUUCCUUUCUUUCCUUUGUACAUUUUGUACAUUUGUUGUUGAUCGAGUAAAGCAUUUUGAUUUAUGCCUUAUGAUUUUUAAAUUGUCAAUAAAGAAUUGCUAUUCUACACUA